CCCCCCCCUCCACAUCGCCCGAUCUUGUCAACAAAGUUGGAGAUGUUAGUAAAUAGAUGAUGUAAAAAUGAGUUGAGUACAUAAAGUAUGAAUUAGUUAGUUUCCUCCUCUUGUGUUCUGAUUUUUACCAAAAACUCAUGCGUUCCAGACGACUUUCAACAUAAGUAGGCAAUAUAUUAUAUAUUCUUUUUUUUACAUUGGAUAAUUAUGUAGAAUUAUUGUUUUACAUCUGACAAUUCUAUCUAUCUUAUGAAGGUUCACUUUGAAUGUAUCACAUGAGUUGUCCUAUGAAAUUCACGUUUAUUGAUACUUUUUGUGUUUUUACUGUAGGUCUCUUUUAAGCAUUUUCUCCAUUAAUUUUCAUAAUAAUGUCUUUUAUAGAACUCGGAACCGAAACUUCAUGGUGUAUAUCUUUGUUGCUAUUUAACUUAGUUUAUGGUGGUCAAGUAACAACUGCAAAGUUAAAACCAUUCUUAGCAAACAAAAAAGAAAAGCCGGAUAUUAUUCUUCAGCUGAAACAUGCAAGAAGGAAAACAAAUAUAAUCAAAACAUUGUAUAUAUCUGCGAAAAGAAAUAUGUAACCAAAACUUACAUGUAGAUAAAUACGUUUUAUAUCUUUGUUGUAACCAAGCUUGGCAAACAAAACAAGGAAGGCCGAGCCGAACACUAUUCUUCAGCUGAAAAUGCAAGCAGAAAAACAAAUAUGAUUAAAACAUUGUAUUUUUAAAGAGAAAUAUGUAACCAAAACUUAUAUUCAGAUUACAAAGAAACAAAUAUGAAAUCUGAGAUUAUAUAAAAUUUAAUGUUUUAGAAAUCAAUAAGCGGAAAUUAAGCGUUUUAUACGAUAUUACUGAUUAGGCAAACGUCUAAAUUAAUUCUUUUAGUGUAAAAAAAAUCAUUUCGUUCAGAUUUCCUAACUAGGCGUACACGUAGACCAAUUUAAGAACACUGGUAAAAAUACUCAUCUAGUGAUUAUACUACACAAAUGACAAAUGAUUUGACUAAACUAAUUAUAGGUGGUGCUAAGAAAUUCACAUAAAUUAAAAAUAAUAUUUAUUUCAUAACAUAAUGUUUUUAUUAUAUAUAUAUAUAUAUGUAUAUAAUGAUAUAUAAAAUAUUUGAGUGAAUAAUUAUAAUAAUGUCAAAUUAAUAAUUUCUGAAUUAUCUAAUUUAGUUGGGAAAUAUUUAUUUACUUUUCUAAUAGUUUGUUUCCUUCAUAUAAUACUUACAUAUCUUUUGUUUCCUUUUUGAAAGAUUUUUUUUAGUUCCAAAUUUGUUUAAAUUUAUAUCUUUAUGUUAAUAUUAUAUAUAAAAUCUAAGUGAUAAAAGUUUUUAAUAUGUAAUUUUAGUUGAUAGACUUAAUAUAUACGUCUACAAUCAUGCCAAUAAGUUUUUUUAAUAUAUGUUAAUAAGAUAAGAUAACGUUGUAAUAAACACUACAUUUGACUUCCGGGUUACCAAAUUAGUAUGAAGGGAAGAAACCCUCCCCUUCAUCAAUAUCUACUUCUCGACCUUUUUUAUUUAUAUUACGGAGAGAUCUUGUCUGACUUCUAACUUUCGAAGACUCUAAGACUUCUGGUCCAGUUUGUUUGGUACGUAAAAACUAGGUUCUCUUUUACAGUAUCUCUUAGUGUUGGAUUUGAUACGAUGUUUUCAUUGUUUAAUGGCAAAUCUUAUUGUUGUAGUAAUCUCGGAUCAGUUUGGGAUAGUAGAUUGUUAUGAUAAAAACCAUUUGUGCUCAUAUACGUAAAGAAAUUUAGUAAAACCCUAAGAAUUCUAUUUUUUUUUCCAGAUUCUAGAAUCUGCAACAAAAUAGAAGACAUCAUCAUCAUCCGUGAUGGCAGACUGGUCUCUUCUACCAGAGGAGCUACUGAACAUUAUAUCCGAGAAUGUGGAGGACUGUUUCGAUAUUGUUCAUGCUCGUUCUGUUUCCAACUCGUGGCGAUCCACAUUUUCCUUUCCUUGCAUGUUUCGCCGCCAAAGUUACUCUCUUCCUUCCUUCGCCAACUUCCCUAGCGAAAGCAAAGACUUGUGCACCCUUGAGAAGAUCCCUUUGUUCCUCUUUCGAGUCCAAACUCCUCCUCCUGCCUCGGCUUCUGAGUAUUUUCUAGGAGGGAUAGGCCGAGAUGAGUCGGAGGAUCAGACAGAACUUCCAUCUCCUAUUCAGUGUUCAGUGAAAGCGAAGAUCCCAGGAUCUGAUCCAACUUUGAUGAACAUGCGUGACGGCCAGAUCUUCCCUCUUGGCCAUCAGUACAGAAUCAGUUGUGAUUCUAAAGAGUACAGAAGCCUAGCUUUUCUUCCCCUACACAAGGAGGGAAGAGAAGAAUUCAUUGUGCUUCUCAGCUUCGGUAGAUUUUUGUUGGCGUUAAGAAGUUCUGAAAUGAAGUGGGAGCUGGUUAUGGGAUUCAAAGCUCCUUCAUCUGACAAUAUAGUAACUUUCAGACGCAGGUUUUAUGUAACCAAUCAUGCGGGUAUGACUAUGAUAUAUACUUUCAGUAUCGAUCCUCUCUUGCACCUGACUGACGUGAUGCCCCUGAAUCAUACGUGCUCGCUAGUAUAUCUGGUGCCAUGUGGCAAUGAUGACGAACUUUUCCUGGUUGAGAAAUUCGGCUCUUAUUCUAGGGUAUCAAAUUUGUGUCGGUGGACAUGCAAAGUGAGUAGGCUACAUGAGGAAAGUGAUCUAUGGGUUGAGGUCAGUGACUUAGGAGACCGUGUGUUAUUUAUAAGACAGCAGGGAAAUGUCUCAUGCUCGGCUAAGGAGCUUCCUGAUGGUUGUGGUGUGAGUGGGAACUCAAUUCUGUUCACAAAUGAGCUAGACAAUGGAACAUACGUCUAUAAAUAUGGAGUGGAUACAGGAAGAGAGGAAGAUGAUCUCAACUGUUGGAGGUUCUCAGGAGAGAAUCGUGUGACGAUCCUCAGUACAUCUCCCGUGGUGAAUUUCCGCGUUGAACACUAAGCGGUAGAAAGUUUACAUUGGACUUGGUCAUCUGUUGGUGUUGUUUUUAUUUCUUGAAAUUGAAAACAAUGUUUUCUAUUGGACUUACUCAUCUGUUGUUUUUUUUUAUCAGUUUAAAAUAAUUUUUUUCAUGAUUCUUGUUUGGAUCAAAUGCUAGAAUGGACUACUUGGACUCAAAAUAAUCUAAAAGUGACCUCUCUUUUUUUCUAAUUAAUUUUCAUUUUCUUUAAAAAUAGAAAAGGUAAGGAAAAGACCAUUAUCCUUAUAAAAGUUGAUAAAAUUACCAACCCAACCAUUCAAAAUUUGGCCCAUAUAACAUCAUCUGGAUCCGGGUCGGAUUUUUCUCAAAUCCUUAAUUUUUUGUGCUUCUCCCUCUUUCAAAACCAUCGAUAGUUCAAUUUUUUCCAAAUUUGUCAUCUCAAUUUUUUUUUAUAUCUCGAUUCUCUUCUUCAAUCUGCAUAUUCUUCAUCAACAAUGAUUGUUUUCUUUAUCAAUUAUUUAUUUUAUUUUUGUUUUCUUCUCCAUUGAUGUUUCUUUCAUUCCAAACUGAAAUUAAAAAACAAAUCUUCAGAUUCUAGAUUCUAUCAUUCUUAUCUCGAAUCUAUCUAUCAUAAUCAUUUUUUGUCAAAUCGAUCAACCCAUCAUCUUCUUCAAUCAAUUUUCUACCAUUCUAAACCAAAUUUCAUCAUCAGUGUAUGAUAUUCACGACAAUGAAGAACACAAAGUAUUACUGGUACAACCAUUAUA